AGUGGCUUCAUGUCGCGCGAUGGAAGCGAUUCGAUCAGGAUGAGAAAUCCCCCAACAUGACAUGGACAACUACUUAAGGUGGUGAUGCGCACAUCCCCACAGGAUCCUGCGAUCGCAUCUCAUCGCAUCUCAGGACAAUCCUAUCCCUUCCAUCAUGCGCCUCCGUCAACCACCCGCCCCCCCAAUCCCCUCCAGCACCACCUUCCGCGACCGAACGGCCAUCGUCACCGGCGGCAACACUGGCAUCGGCCUGGCCGUUGCCCGCGAACUCCUCCGUCUGCAAUGCAAGACCCUGAUCCUAGCCUGUCGAGAUGCGACCCGUGCCGAGGCCGCGCGCCAGACCCUCCUCGCCGAGUUCCCCUCCCUCCCCCGAGACACCGUCCAACUCAGGUCCCUCGAUCUGGAUAGCUACAGCAGCGUGCACAACUUCGCCGCGGAGAUCCGCCGCGACAUCCCCGUGGUCGAUCUCCUGGUCCUGAACGCCGGCGCGGGCUUUUUCCCGGCCAUGCAGUCCAGCGCCGAGAGUCAUGAACGCACCAUCCAGACUAUGUACCUCUCCAACGUCCUCUUGCUCUUGUCCCUGCUGCCACAUCUGGAGGCCUCGAAGCAGAAAUCCGGGCGAGUCGCCCGUGUCACCUGGGUUGGCAGUCGGAAAGCCUACGAGGUACCCGCGAGACAAGCCUUCCCGGGCGAUGGCCAGUCCGUCCUGGCAUACUAUGACGAUCCCGAGCACUAUGACUUGAUGACGCGCUAUGGCGAGGCCAAGCACCUCUGUCUGGCAUUCUUUUAUGAACUCUGCCGGCGAAUCACCCGCGAUCAAGUCGUCGUCAACAUGGUGUGUCCCGGUGCGGUGGCCACCGAGCUGGCGCGGAACGUGCCCGCGAUUUAUCAGCCGAUAGUGUGGGUGAUGCAUAAGGUGGUUUCGCGGAGCCCGGAGAAGGCGGCCUGGCUGGUAGUAAACGCAGCGGUGGUGGCUGGGGACGACAGCCAUGGGGUGUUCUUUGGGGAUGAGAAGAUAGAGCCGUAAGUGCACCCCUCCUUCCAGACGGACGCAGGCCAGACCAUCCAGAAGAGAGUGUGGGACGAGACCAUGACCGAGAUGAAGGGGACGCGGGCCAUUCCCGAUUCGCCAGAGUAUAUAU